CUCCUCUACUCACUCACUCUCUCGCCACUCCAGCCAGCUCGGUCGCUCCGCUCCCUCGCUAGCCCUUCGCCAUGACCAACGCGCCCAUCACCCUCGGCCCCAUGCCGGACGCCAACGGAUACUUUGGCGAGUAUGGCGGCUCGUUCAUCCCGCCCAACCUGUCUGCCGCGAUGGCCGACAUCUCCAAGGCGUACGACGAGAUCACCAAGCGCGAGGACUUCCAGGCCGAGCUGCACAGCUUGUUUGCCAACUACGUCGGCCGCCCGUCGCCCAUCUUCCACGCGAAGCGGCUCAGCGACAAGCUCGGCGGCGCGCAGAUCCACCUCAAGCGCGAGGACCUGAACCACACCGGCGCGCACAAGAUCAACCACUGUCUCGGCGAGGCGCUGCUCGCCAAGUUCAUGAACAAGAAGAAGGUCAUCGCUGAGACUGGCGCCGGGCAGCACGGCGUCGCGCUCGCUACGGCGUGUGCGCUCGUCGGCAUCCCGUGUGAGAUCCACAUGGGACAGGUGGACAUUGAGAAGGAGCACCCCAACACCACCAAGAUCCGCAUCCUCGGUGCGACCCUCGUCCCCGUCACCCGCGGCCAGGCGACGCUCAAGGAGGCCGUCGACAACGCGUUCGAGGAGUACCUCAAGAACCCCGAGGACUACUUUUACGCCAUUGGCUCGAUUGUCGGCCCCGACCCCUUCCCCAGGAUGGUGCGCGACUUCCAGUCCAUCGUCGGCAAGGAGGCGCGCGAGCAGUUCCAGGACACGCACGGCAAGCUGCCCGACAUUGUCGCUGCGUGCGUCGGCGGCGGCUCGAACGCCAUCGGCCUCUUCACCGCGUUCCUCAACGACGCGAGCGUCAAGAUUGUCGGCGUCGAGCCGGCCGGCAAGUCGCUCGACGUGGUCGGCCAGCACGCCGCCACGCUGACAAAGGGCAAGCCGGGCGUCAUCCACGGCAUGCGGUGCUACGUGCUCGAGGACUCUGAGGGGGUUCCGUCCGCCGUGCACUCGAUCGCGUCCGGCCUCGACUACCCCGGCAUCGGGCCGCAGCACUCGUACCUCAAGGACGCGGGCCGCGUGACCUACGAGACGGCGAGCGACAAGGAGACGCUCGACGCGUUCAUGGAGCUGUCGCAUGUCGAGGGCAUCAUUCCUGCCUUGGAGAGCGCGCACGCCGUCGCUUGGGCUAUCCGCACCGCGCCGACCCUGCCCAAGGACACGCAUAUUCUCAUCAACCUGAGUGGCCGUGGUGACAAGGACGCCGACUACGUCGCCAAGCUCCUCAACAUCUAACCGUUACCCCCUCUCGCUCUAGUCCUCGCCUGGUUGUUUAGGGAUCCCUCAGUUGUGAUGUUAGUGGCUGUAUGGUGG